CCCAUAGACGGCGAACUGUGACUCCAUGAGCGCCUUUUAUUUCCAUCUCUUUCCUCUCCCUCAAAUCUUCGAAUCUUCUCUUCCUCUUCCUCUCUCUCGAUGCCAAGAAUCCUCACGACGCUGACGAUCCAUUCCUUCUUCUUCUGAGGCAAGCGAAGGGCGGCGGAGGGAGAUCGGAUCUGCUCGCCGGAAGAAGGCUGCAGCGGCGGCGGCGGCGGCGGUGGUGGAGGAAUGGCGUAUAGGGCAGACGACGACUACGAUUACCUCUUCAAGGUGGUGCUGAUCGGGGACUCGGGGGUGGGGAAAUCGAACCUGCUGUCGAGGUUUGCGAGGAAUGAGUUCAGCCUCGAGUCCAAGUCCACCAUCGGCGUCGAGUUCGCUACCCGGAGCAUCCACGUCGAAGAUAAGGUCAUCAAGGCCCAGAUUUGGGACACCGCCGGCCAAGAGAGAUACCGAGCUAUCACAAGUGCAUAUUAUCGAGGAGCUGUUGGUGCACUCCUUGUGUAUGAUGUUACUCGUCAUAUCACAUUUGAGAAUGUGGAAAGAUGGUUAAAGGAACUUAGGGACCACACAGAUUCCAAUAUUGUAAUAAUGCUUGUUGGGAACAAAGCUGAUCUGCGCCACCUUAGAGCUGUUUCAACCGAAGAUGCAAAGGGUUUUGCUGAGAGGGAGAACACCUUCUUCAUGGAGACAUCUGCUCUGGAGUCAAUGAAUGUGGAGAAUGCCUUCACUGAAGUGCUCACUCAGAUCUAUCGUGUGGUCAGCAGGAAGGCACUUGAAGUAGGAGAUGACCCAGCAGCAUUGCCUAAGGGCCAGACCAUUAAUGUGGGAACCAAGGACGAUGUAUCUGCUGUAAAGAAAGUUGGUUGCUGCUCAGUUUAGGUCUGCGAACAAGGCUUCUGUUGGAUACAGUCAUUGGAUUCUUGGAAUACUCUGUACCCAUUAAAAAAUUCUUCUGUGGCUAAAUGAUUGGUUGGUCACUCGGGCUUUUUAUCGCCCAUUAAACAAUUACACAUUUCAGAUAACUUCAGUUUGGUUUGCUGCUUGCUA